GCCACAAAUAUCACCUUAUUCCAGCUUCGAUCCAUUGUUAGUAAGUUUCCGAUACCUCCAAUAUAUCAGACAUCCCAUAUUCCGAACGAUACCCGCAAAGAUGCACUCUACAUCUAUCAUCGCUUUCCUUGCCAUCUCUCUGGCUCCUACUGUUAGUGCUUUCGCAGGCGCUAGUGUCUUUGCAUGCCUCAAUUAUGCAAACCCAAUCUCGAAAAGCUUUAACGCAUCCUUUGUUGUGGGCGGUGGGUCCACGUAUUGUAUGAACAAUGUCGGCCACGAUGCAAACAUGACCGUCAGUCAGUCGGGUCUGACAUGUGCAAGCAUUGGCUAUGUUGAAUCUAAUGCUGGUUGGGGAUGUUUGACCGAGGACAGCAUCUGGGGACUUGCUUAUUCGGCCCUGUCCAAAACAGGGUCAACUAGUAGCCACUGGUGGUGGUCGACAAGUGACUACAACAACGUUGAGCUCAAGAAACAGUCGCGAGGAACAGUCGUUUGUGAUAACAAAGCUGUCUGUAGUGACACCAAGAUCAAUUGGCCAGAUCAAGGACCUAUUUACUUCAUCUUCUUUCCAGAGCAAUCUACCACGGUCAUGCAGUCUGAGCGUCCAGAAGGCGCCGUCAUGAUCGGGCAAGAUCUUGACAAAGAGCUACAGCAGCAGCUCUAAAUCCUUGGCGCAGAUGCCACAUGAGUAAGCAGGGUCCUAGUCAGGGUCUUACUCUUAGCAAUGCUUUUCCCUAGGCAUCGACGACGAUAUCUUGACGACGAGUAAAUAUCAUAAUGAUCAAAACACACCAAUAUACUGCUUAGUAUUAUUUUAGCCUGGUCAGAAAGUUCGAGAGGGGUUGAUUAUGCUUCUGAGGUAGCUAAAGGGGAUUUUGGGAAAUCUUGAUUGUUCACCUAAAAUAUGACCUCGAGGCAUAACGAAUGUUAGCAAUUCCUCUAGCACAACACACCAAACGAUAUCUCUCACAAGGUCACACGAGAAGCAGAAUAAUAAGAUGCGUGUGUCUAACGAUGGCGCAGAAUACUGAAAAAAAAUCAUAGUUCAAGUCGAAAGGAAUGAAAAGACCAAACGAACGACAAGAUUGAAAUACAAAACAAAAUCAAUGGUAUCAUUCUUUCCCUUUCCCAAUUUCUCUAGUAACCAAAACGGAAUAUGAAC